AUCUCAGCGCUUCCAGCUGCAUGCGACUUUCUCUGUCUCUGCGACUGUCCAACCAGGAACUCAGUGCUCGGCUGCUAAACCCCCACUCCGGCUCAGCAACAUGCCCCGGUCAUUUCUGGUCAAGAAACAUUUCUCUGCCAGCAAGAAGCCCAACUACAGCGAGCUGGAGAGUCAGACAGUGUAUAUAUCACCGUUCAUCUAUGACAAGUUUCCUGUGAUCCCCCAGCCAGAGAUUUUAAGCACAGGGGCUUACUACACACCUCUUGUCUGGGACACUGGUUUACUCACCACAUUUUUCACCUCUGAGUCCGACUACAAAAAGUCUCCCAUCAGCCCUUCCAGCAGCGACGAUUCCUCCAAGCCCUUAGACCUCACGUCCUUCUCCAGCGAAGAUGAAGGGGGCAAGACUUCGGACCCUCCCAGCCCCGCUUCAUCCGCCACGGAAGCGGAGAAAUUUCAAUGCAAUCUGUGCAGCAAGUCUUACUCCACCUUUGCCGGACUUUCCAAGCACAAACAGUUGCACUGUGACUCCCAGACGAGGAAGUCGUUCAGUUGCAAAUACUGCGAGAAGGAGUACGUCAGCUUGGGUGCCUUAAAAAUGCACAUCCGGAGCCACACGCUGCCCUGCGUCUGUAAAAUCUGCGGCAAAGCCUUCUCCAGACCGUGGUUAUUACAGGGACACAUCAGAACACACACAGGAGAGAAGCCAUUUUCCUGUACUCACUGCAACCGUGCCUUCGCCGACCGCUCCAAUCUCCGAGCCCACCUGCAGACCCAUUCCGACGUCAAAAAGUACCAGUGCAAAAGCUGCUCUCGGACUUUCUCCAGAAUGUCCCUCCUUCACAAGCACGAGGAAACCGGGUGCACGGUGGCCCACUAAUCCAAGACUAUAAGCACAAUGGACUCCUUAAAUUCCUGUAUAUUUUUUGGCAGGAUAUAUAUAAAUAUAUAUAUUAUUUUUUUUUUCUUUUUAAAUGAUGCCAUUGCUAAAUUUGUUUAGCAAGCUCACAUGCAAUCACUUCGUUUGGGGGGAGACCCUCCCAACUUUGACACUUAUUUGGACGUGUAUUGUCUAUGAUGCAACCUUAGAAUGCCUUAUAUUGCCACAGGGAACUUGGCACCUAUUCUUCUACAUCUGGGAUUUUAUUUGUCAUUUAUCUCACAGGGGUGUGUAUCACUAUUGGGUAGGAAAAUACUGAAUUCUGUGUUUCUAUGAAGGAGUAAUGGAAAGAGAUAUAUAUAUAUAUAUAUAAAGACCUGUUCAUAAUUGUCUAUCCAAUCGUCUAUCCAAAAAGUGUAUUAAAAGUUUGUGUGCCAACUUUUAUUACACUUUUUGUGUCCCGUAUAUUUUUUGGUUUUAGGGAUGGGGUAUUAACCUAUGCAAAGAUUGCAGCCCCCCACAGCACAAUGAGCACCCCGUCACCACCCCACCCAUAACUGCCCAAUGAUGAUCACAAAGGCAGUGCUUCACACCACGAUCCUGUUUACAAAGCAGCAAUGCACAAAAUCGGGCACCUGUUAUUGCCUUUCAAGGGAGCAGAGAGGCAGCAGUUGGCACAGAGAACAAUGGGUAGUUAAAAUCUAAGCCAACUCAAGACAGGUGGAUGGAACAACAUACAAAAAAGGGGGAAAUAGACUAUUUAUGGCUUCUAACAGGUGCCAAGUGGAUGCGUCUUUUUUUUUCAUAAUUUUUUUUACGUAACCCUUACCAAGAAUGUUUACAUUUCAAUGGUACACUGGUAUUUAUAUAUUUUUUAUAAAAGUGCCACAUUUUGUACUGAGGAUUCUAUGUUUUUAUAGUUAUGCACAAUUUAUUGAUAUUCAAUAAAAUGUUUUUUUAAUUUAUAAAAA